UAGGACAAAAAAAAAAUGUUAUAAAAUGAAACAUUAUGAGCCACCAACAACACUAUCAUGAACAAACUGUUUGUAGAACAAGAGAGAGAAAGAAAGUACACACAGCUGAGCUAUGUCAACUGCCAUCAAUGCUUCCACUUCUGCUCCAGCACAAAGAUUAUUAGGUAAAGUCGCUGUGGUAACUGGUGGAGCCUCCGGAAUUGGAGAAAGCAUCGUUCGCCUAUUCCACACCCACGGUGCUAAAGUAUGUAUAGCCGACAUCCAAGACGACCUUGGACAGAAGCUCUUUGAUUCCUUAAGUGAUCUAGAAAAUGUUUUUUUCGUCCAUUGUGAUGUCGCUGUAGAGGCUGAUGUCUCCACUGCAGUAUCCAUCGCUGUCGCUAAAUUCGGCACUCUAGACAUCAUGGUCAACAAUGCGGGAAUUUCCGGAGCACCUUGUCCUGAUAUCCGCAACGUGGACAUGGCAGAGUUCGACAAAGUAUUUAACAUAAAUGUAAAGGGAGUUUUCCAUGGAAUGAAACAUGCUGCUCAAUAUCUGAUCCCAAAGAAAAGUGGCUCAAUAAUUUCUAUAUCAAGUGUAGCAAGUUCCUUAGGAGGGUUAGGACCGCAUGGAUACACAGGUUCCAAGCAUGCUGUGUGGGGAUUAACAAAGAAUGUUGCAGCUGAAUUGGGGAACCACGGAAUAAGAGUGAACUGUGUGUCACCUUAUUGUGUCGCAACAGGUUUGGCUUUGGCUCAUUUGCCUGAAGACGAAAGAACCGAGGAUGCCAUGGCUGGUUUUCGUUCUUUUGUCGGGAAAAACGCAAACUUGCAGGGCGUAGAGUUAACUGCUGACGAUGUGGCUAAUGCCGUGCUCUUCCUUGCAAGUGAUGAUGCAAAGUAUAUAAGUGGAGAGAAUCUGAUGGUUGAUGGAGGAUUUACUAGAACUAAUCACUCACUCAAAGUUUUUAGAUGAUGAUUAUUUGUUUUUAACUGCUUGUUAAUUUACUUAAGCAGGGUUUAGAACAUUGGAAACACAGAAUGUCUAAUGAUAGAUUUUCAAAUAACAAAACCACUAUAGCUUGUCUAUGAAGUGAUUAAGUAAUAAUGUGAAUUUUUCUCUGAAUUGAUUAAAAAAGUAUCUACCCUUGAGGAAAUUUGUCUCUA